UCUUUAGGGUUGUUGGCGUGCAAUGGAGCGGCUCCAGAGGAUCAUCUCCAGCGGCGCUGGCGGGGCGGGCGGCGGUGGCAUGCCUCACCCCGAUUCGCCCCUCGUCGACACGUCCGAGCAGGUCUACAUCUCCUCGCUAGCGCUGCUCAAAAUGCUCAAGCACGGGAGAGCUGGAGUCCCCAUGGAAGUCAUGGGACUGAUGCUUGGGGACUUUGUGGACGAGUACACUGUUCGCGUGGUGGACGUCUUUGCGAUGCCUCAGAGCGGUACUGGCGUGAGUGUGGAGGCCGUGGAUCCAGUGUUCCAGACUAAGAUGAUGGACAUGCUGAAGCAAACAGGACGGAGUGAAAUGGUUGUAGGAUGGUACCAUUCUCAUCCUGGUUUUGGCUGCUGGCUAUCCGGAGUAGACAUCAACACCCAGCAAAGCUUUGAAGCUUUGAAUCAAAGAGCUGUGGCGGUGGUGGUGGAUCCUAUCCAAAGUGUGAAAGGCAAAGUCGUGAUCGACGCGUUUAGGCUGAUAAACCCGCAGACUAUGAUGCUUGGUCAGGAGCCGAGGCAAACGACUUCGAAUCUCGGUCAUCUCAACAAGCCCUCUAUUCAGGCUCUGAUCCAUGGUUUAAACCGGCACUACUACUCGAUCGCGAUCAACUAUCGCAAGACCGAGCUGGAGGAGAAAAUGCUGCUCAACCUGCACAAGAAGACUUGGACAGACGGCCUGACUCUCCAACACUUCGAUAGUCACGCGAAAACAAACGAAUCCACAAUCAAGGAAAUGCUCGAUCUUGCCGUCAAGUAUAACAAGGCAGUCCAAGAGGAGGACAAGCUCUCCCCCGAGAAGCUCGCGAUUGCAAACGUUGGAAGGCAAGACGCGAAGAAACAUCUCGAUGAAAACGUUGCCAACCUCAUGUCUUCCAACAUCGUCCAGACGCUCGGCACGAUGUUAGACACUGUUGUAUUUUAACACAGCCAAGAACAUAUCAUGAUCAUACGUUUUAGAAAUGACUGAGAUCUUCAAAUGAAAGUCUGGGUUUUAGACA